AUGAUUAAAAAAGUUGUUAUUAAGAAGAAAAGAGACGUUCUAUCUAAAAUAAAUACAAAAGAAGAUGACGAUCAUUUCAAAGAUUGCCAUGAAGAAGGGCAUGUGAACAAAAAAUACUUCAAGUGCUUGUUCUACAGAGAAGCCUCUGCAUAUGAUGUCAGGCGAAGAGGUGAAAGAUUGACUCGGGUCCGACAGUCGAAGUAUGUAGAAGUUGCAAACAAACAGGCCAUAAACAAAGGUCCAAAGAUUGCCCCAAUUACAAUCCUUUUAAAAAGGAGAAAUAUCCUUUAUCCCGCCAAUACUACUCGCAUACUCUUAUUCCAGUAUGCAGAUAAUGUUAUUUUUAUGAAAAGAAGGGUAGUGGAGUUCUUUGCUGCCAAAAAUGUGAAAGAUGUGACAAAGGGAUGUGAAUGCUGCCAGAAAUAUGAUGAUUAUAUCAAAGGCGAUUUGUCAAACAGAAAAAGCGUUUGUUCUAUUGCAAUUAUUCUCCACAAAACACUUUGGCUAGGCGAACUUCGAUUUUAUUCAACAGUCAUCUCGCUAGCAGAGAAAAGAGAAGUGUUUCUAAUCUUUAGUAUAAAUUAUAUACCGACAGUAUACCUCGAGUUCAUCGGUUUUGAACAUAGACGUAGAAAAGUAUCAGAGGUUAUCGAAAAAUCGUAUACCCAUCUAUAA